GUCCAAGAGUUGACCAUGUCCAAGCGCAAAGGAAGUGAGUUAGCUGGACCAAGUCGUAAGAAACCCUCUAGCCAUGCUGACACCAGCAGCAGGGCAUCUGAAGAUGAGGGAGAGGAACAAAUGGACCUCACCCAGAGGCAGAACUACGAUGUCAACACGAGAGAAGCAGAUAUUGGCAUUGUGGAAAAAAUAUCUCUAAAAAAUUUCAUGUGUCACAGCCGUCUUGAUGUAUCAUUGGGGCCACAUGUCAACUUUAUUGUUGGAAGAAAUGGAAGUGGUAAGAGUGCCGUGGUAACAGCGUUGGUGGUGGGGCUGGGAGGAAAAGCGUCAGUAACCAGUAGAGGAAGCACUAUUAAAAGUUUUAUCAAGUCUGGCAAAAACACGGCAGAGACGGAAAUCCAUCUCCGAAACAGAGGGCCCGAUGCGUACAAAUCUCAAAUUUAUGGAGAUAAGAUCAUUGUUGAGAGGAAAUUCACAUGCGACGGAUCAUCAUCUUAUAAAAUCAAAUCCAAAGAAGGCAAGUUGAUUUCUAUGAAGCGAGAGGAAUUAACGGCUAUCCUGGACCAAUUCAACAUCCAAGUGGACAACCCGGUGGCGAUUUUGAACCAGGAUACCAGCCGGAACUUCCUCAACUCAAAAUCACCGCAAGAUAGAUACAAGUUCUUCCUGAAAGCGACCCAGUUAGAACAGAUGAUGCUGGAUUACACUAGAGCCAAUGAACAAAGGGAAAUAACCAAGGAAAUCAUAGAGAAAAAACAACAGACUUUACCAACCUUAGAGAAAGAGGUUUUAGAGUGGGAGCAGAAAUUUAAAUCUCUGACAGCCCUCGAUGAACUGAAAUCCAAAAUGAAGAAACGAAAGCAAGAAUUAGCAUGGGCAUUUGUCAUCUCCAGAGAAAGGGAUUUACAGCAAAUGCAAAAGAAUCUCCAGCAGGAGGAAUCUAGGAUUCCAAAGUUUAAACAGAAAGUAGAGGAAGCCAAGGUCAAAGUAGAGAGCUGUAUUAAGAAACACAAUGAUCUGAAGGAGCUCCUGAAAUCAACCAAUGAUGAGGUCAAACAGCUCCGCCCUCAGUUUGAUGCUGCGAAAGAAACAUUGAAGGAGGCUAAGGCAGUCCUCCGCACGCAGCAGAAUGAAUUCCGCAAAAAAGAGUCGGAACUUCGUAAACUGGGAAGAGAAAGAGAGGAUAUUAAUGCUCGCAUAAAGGAAUUACAAAGGAGUGCCAAACAUGAUUACGAAGCAGAGAGGAGGAAAAGAGAGGAGAAGAUAGCAAACCUGGAGGAGCAGAUGAAGGCCCUCAAAGCUCAGCAAACAACAACGGAACACGACCGAGAAAACUUCCGAGGGGCUGUCAACAAACUUGUAGGAGAAGAGAGGCAGAUGCAGGCAGAUGUCAACGGUAUGAAAGCACAUGAAGACAAGAAAAAGAAAAGGCUAAAUGACCUGCUGGGUGCUAAAAAUGAUCGACUGGCAAGAUUUGGUCCAUACAUGCCAACAUUACUACAGCACAUAGAGGAAAGAUACAGACGCAAGGAAUUUCAUCAAAAACCAAGGGGACCUCUAGGAGCUUGUUUCAAACUUCGGGACCCUAAAUGGGCUCUGGCAGUGGAGCGGUGUCUUAGCGGUUUGUUACAUUCCUUCUGUUGCCACGACCACCACGAUGAGAAGGUUUUGGAGAGUAUAUUUGACCGUGUGUGUAACGACAGACAGAGGCCUUCCAUUAUUGUGGCAGCCUUCAAGAAUGCUGUUUACAAUGUUUCGGCCUUUAGAGCUCAGAGUGAUAAAUUUCCAGCUAUAUUUGACGUGGUGGAAUCCCAGGACCCAGUAGUCAUUAACACUUUGAUAGAUCAGAGGGGGAUAGAAAACAUCCUGCUUAUUGAAGACAAAACAGAGGCUCGCACAGUUAUGGACCCUGAUGUUCAAGCACAACCAGUCAAUUGUCAUGAGGCUUUCACAGUUGAGGGUGAUCAGGUUCACAGUGUGCCAUGUCUGAGGUAUUACUCCAACACCAACACACAUGUUAAGGUACUCACGUCUAAUACGGAGGAGGACAUCCACCGUCUACAAGGGGAAGUAACUCAACUGAGACAGGAAAUACAGAAAAAGGAACAGACCCGAGUUAGUCUCCGUGACAACCUACGACAAAAUCAGAACGAGGAGAAGAAGUGUGAGACACAGCUGAUGAAGAUCGAACAGAAGCUCAGUAAAGUCAACAAUGAAAUCUAUGAGCUGAAGAGUAUAGAGGACCCAGCCCCCAUAGAUGUCACAACACUGGAGGAAGAAGUAAAUAACUUGGAUACUCAGAUCAACGAGAUGAGUGUGGUGCGAGACGAGCUGCAUGCUCAAUAUCAGGACUCGCUGACAAAAUGCAAUGCUGAGGAACAAAAGUUUAAAGAAGUGGAGAGCAAAAUGAGGGAGAAGGCAGAAGUCGGGGAACCUCUGAAGGACGAGUUUGGACUCGCCCAGGUUGAGAUAGAACAGGCAAAAUCUCACCGGAAACAUUACGAGCAGAAGCUGAGUGAGCAAGAAGCCAAGAUCUCAGAGGAAAAGACAAAAGUGGAGGAGGAAACAAAAGUACUGGAGAGUGAUGUUAAGAAAGCAGAGCAGAUCUGUGCAGAGAGAAUAAACACAAGGCGAACAAUUCAGAAUCUAGAGAGUGAGAUAACACAGAUCCUCAAACAGAUCAAGGCAGAGGAGAAGAGCCGUGGUAAUGUUGAGGAGAUCACAAGGGCAUUUUAUGAGAAGAGAGAUAUGUACAGGAAGAUUCAAUCAGAGGUCCGGGAGUGUAAGAGAUUUAUACAGGCUCUGUUAGAGGCUUUAGAACGGAGAAAGUUAAAUUCUCGUAAAAUGCGAAGCUUUAUUUCGCUUAGGAUUAAGCUCAAUUUUAUAAAUCACGUAGCCAUCACAAAGCCAACUUGGAAUUGCAAAAUGGAAAUCUCGCAUAAAAAAGAGGCCAUCUCAAUUCUAGUCCAACCAACAGUAUCAGAAGGUGAGGGAGCCAAGGAUAUGCGAUCCCUGUCAGGUGGUGAGCGGUCCUUCUCCACCGUUUGUUUUAUCCUGGCAUUAUGGGACGCUAUGGAAUCUCCAUUUAGAUGUCUAGAUGAGUUUGACGUAUUCAUGGACAUGGUCAACAGGAGAAUCUCAAUGGACAUGAUGAUGGCUGUGGCCAAGAACCAGAGGCACAAGCAGUUUAUCUUCCUCACUCCUCAAAACAUGAGCAAACUUGGAAUUGAGAUCCCAAGUCGUAAGAUUUUUUGGAUGCCUGAUCCAGACCGAGGCCAAGGUGUGCUGCCAUAUGAACCAGUGCGCAACGAAGAGCAGGAAGAAGUCGAGGACUGAGUGAUAUAAAUAGUAACAGCAUGUGAAUUGCGUCUCUAGUCAGAAUCACCAGAUGUGUUCAGUCAGAUAAUUGAGGAAUACUUUCAGUAAACAAUAAGAUUAUUUGAAGUUUUUAUUUCUUUUGAUGAUUUUGUUCAGUUUAUUGAAUGGAUGACUUCUGUGAAAUGUGAGUGAAGUUAUCCAAGUGCUUGUCAUUUUGUCAGACAGAUUGUUUCCAAGUUGGAGUGAGUGAAUUCAAGCCAUUUUUUUUUACCAAGACAGAUUGUUUUUCAGUUGGAGUGAGUGAAUUCCAGCCAUUUUUUUUUCUCAGACAGAUUGUUUCCAAGUUGGAGUCAGUGAGUUCAAGCCAAGUGUUUUCUUUUUUUUUUAUCUCAGACAGAUUGUUUUUCAGUUGGAGUGAGAGAGUUCAAACCAGACUGAUAGUUUUCCAGUAGAGUGAGUGAAUUCAUGAGUGAGUGGUAACUUAAAAAUUUUUCAAAUGAUCUGUUAGUAUGUAAGAUUCCCGAGUGAAGAAUUUGAUAGUCAUUGGAGCUCUCUACUAAAGAGUGACUUUACAUAAAACAUUUGUUACCUCCAUUUUUGCAACCAAAACUUGCCUUGUGAAAACAGAUUAAUUUCUUCUCAGUGUCUUUUGUGUUGUAUGGUUUUCUCAUUCAGGCCUAAAGCCAUUUAUGUUGAACAUUGAAUAUUAUUUCUGUUUAAAUGUGUGACAUGAUUUCUGUUUACAAUUGAUCGUCUUCUCACUAGUUCUGUCUGUAAAUUUUAUUUCCUUUAAAAAUCUAGUGCUGAUUCUGUCCACAGUUUUGUACCCUCAUGUUGCAUUUAACUUUUACAAUAAAAUAUUCU